CGCAUGAUCAGGUUAUCGGGGUGAUUUUGAUAGCUGGAAUGACUUAUAAAAAUAACUCCCGGCAAUUCAGUAGCUCUUUUGAAUUGCUCUAGUAAACAGCUCCGGCAUUGAGUUUUUAGAAUAAAAAAAUGAGCGAAUACCAAUAUUUGACUUCGGAAAUCCAAGUGCCGAAAGAAUGGCCGGUGAACAUUGCACGACAAUUAUUUGAACAUCUUGUUAAAAAUGCAACGAUACGUCAUCGAAAAGGUCAGCAAGUCGUCGUUACCAUAGAAAACGUAUCGGCAGUAGUUACCAAAUUUAAAAACAAGCCGGGAUAUAUUUUAGAAAAAAUAGAAGAAAUAAAAGAUGAAAGUACGUACAAAAUAGAUCUUAUUUUUCCGGCGAAAGUUGUGAUUUUGCCGCUCAAACCUGGCGGGAUUCAUCGAAGGGAAGAAGAGUCAAUACAAUGUUUGCCGAUUAUUUUAAAAUCUGAUCACUUUAUUUCGUCCAUGCUUGUGUUGAAUCCUAAAUUACACCAAGUUAUCACGGUCGAACCAAACAUGGAAAAAAUUCUAAAGCUUAAAGGCAUCACAGGUCCCGAAAAAUACAAUUAUGGUUUUCAAACAACGUACACAAUUCGAAAGAUCAAGUGUCUUGACGAUAACGUACGUGAUAUCGAACCGACUCCUUCUACGUCGGCAGAACCGUCUACGUCAGCAGGAUCGUCUACGUCAGCAGGUCCUUCGACGUCUCAGGAGCAGAUUACAGACGAUGAAUGGAAUAUUAUGACUUAUGAUAAACUGUCACCGCACAAGUUGUUACGAACAAUGUCUCAGAUGGCAUCGCUGGUAGAGUCCUUGGUGCGUAACCAAAAGAUCCGGGUUCGAUUCCCGACUGGGGCUGUCCGAAUUAUUUUUUCUAUCGGUUAUAAACAACGACAAUUCCGGUGCAGCUGGAAGGCUGCAAGCCCUUGGAUUUGUUAUUUAGUAAAUAUCGUUUUUAUUAUAUUGUUGAUUUAUUUGUGCGUAAUCUUAACCAUAAACUAUGAAAGAUUUUGAAUUAGUCUUAAUAAAACCUGCAAUGAUAAUUUA